AUGGCGCAAAAGCUGCAGUGCGACAAGUGUGAAUACCGGGGAGAGAAACUGGCGCUGCGGGUUCACCGUUCAAAAACACAUCGAGACAGUGCUCGUAAUAAGCAGAUAUGCAAGGAGGUUUCGGACGGGGAGCCUUGCACGGAAACCUUCUGGUCGGUGAUCGGUCUCAGAGAGCAUCUCGCCAAACGGCAUGGAAUUGAUGCGGCGACCCACUCGCUGACAGAGGAGUUUAACUCCGUGGAUGAAUUUCAGGCUUGGAAGGCCCAGUACGAGGCAGCCAAUGGGGUGGUGUACAACAUCGCCUCCAGCCGACCCCGGAGCGGUACAACGGCCCGCUACUUGUGCUCCCGGUCCGGCGUGUACGCACCGGCAGGAACCGGGAAGAGGCGGCUCAAGUCGCAGGGCACGUGCAAGCUGGGCUGCCGCUGCACGUCGGACGUCGUGGCGACUACCCGGGAGGACGGCACGGUGCUUGUGAAGGUGCAUCCGUUCCAUUACGGUCACCCCACCGACAUGAGUAACAUACCGCAUGUCAGGAUCCCCAAACUACAUAAAGCUGCCAUAAAAGAAAAGCUGCUGAAUGAUGUGCCAAUGUCGCGGAUUAUUAAGGACGUGCGGGAGACGUUCGGAAGAGACGCGGCGGCAGGCACCAGCGCCAGUCGGACGUACUGGCUGCAGCGGCGGGACUUGCAUAACAUGUGCCGGUCGGUCGGCGUCACGGCGGCGAGCCUUGGGGAGCACCUGCGCGUCACCAGGGGCGGCUGCACCCGCAAGACGGCAUUAGAACUUCGGACCUCUGGGGGCAUCUCUACGAAUAUCCAUGUGAAAGCUUUUCAACGGGUCCUUAAAUACCAGCACCUCAACGGAAAGAUGAACAAGAGGGUUGACGAGUAAGCAGCAUUUGAAACAUCACCCUCAUCCCCUUACACACAGCACAGUCCACAUGCAGUGAGUUUGGUUUUGUUCAUCGGUACAAGCGGUGGCGUCAGCGGGUUUUAAGGCGUGUAGGCCAGCCCGGAACACGGU